UGCUGAGUAACAAAUCGGAUUUUCUUGUUGCCAUUAGUUCAGUUGAAGUUAGGCUUUUGAAUUGUCAGCGAAAAAGCGGAUCGCAAAUGAUGAAGUCAGUAAAAUCAAAAAAUGUUAAUUUAGUUACUAGAAGAUUGUAUUCAAUGUUAACCGAUGGAAGUACAGCGGAAUCACAUGCUAAACCAUUCAAAAGUAUUCCUGGACCAAGGGGACCUGCUGGCUUAGGAAAUUUAUAUAACUACUUACCGCUAAUCGGUGAUUACUCUUGGUUAGAACUACAUAAAGCCGGUCUCAAAAAAUAUAAUAAAUAUGGACCAAUUGUAAGAGAGACAAUUGUACCAGGACAGGAUAUUAUUUGGCUCUAUGAACCAAAUGAUAUUGCAAAAUUAUUAAACGAACGUGAUUAUCCUCAAAGGCGAAGUCAUUUAGCUUUGGAAAAGUAUAGAAAAGAUAGACCACAUGUUUACAAAUCUGCUGGUCUUUUGUCAACCAACGGACCCGAUUGGUGGCGUCUACGUUCUGAAUUUCAGAAAGAAAUUAGUGCACCGAAACAUGUACGCAGUUUCUUAAGUGAUGUGGAUAGAGUUACAAAAGAAUUUAUAGACUAUUUUACUACAGGGAACGUGUACGAUAUGUUGCCUAUGAUAUCACGUCUUAAUUUGGAAUUAACUUGUCUUCUGACGUUUGAUGAAAGAUUGGAUUCUUUUUCGACAACAGAAAUGGCAACCCGAUCACGAUCUUCUCGGCUAAUGGAAGCAGCGGAAAUAACUAACAGUAGUAUUUUACCCACUGAUCAAGGACUGCAAAUGUGGCGCCUCUUUGAAACACCUACCUACAAACGUUUACGUAAAGCUCAAGAGUACACCGAGAGCAUUGCUUUAGAGUUGAUAUCAAAACGAGUGCGCAAAACGAAUUCCAAGAACUCUUUGGCACGUACUUCUUUGGUUGAAGAAUAUUUAAAGAACCCGAAUUUGGAUUUGGCUGAUAUUGUAGGCAUUACUGCCGAUUUACUUUUAGCAGGCAUUGACACGACAUCAUAUACAACUGCAUUUGCUUUAUAUCACAUAUCCAAAUAUUCAGAAGUACAAAAUAAACUCUACGAGGAAGCCGUAAAAGUACUUCAGAAUAAAAACAGCUCAUUGACGCCGGAAGCUUUACAUAACGAAAUUCCUUAUACACGUGCAGUACUGAAAGAAGUUUUCCGUUUAAAUCCUAUUUCAAUAGGUGUAGGUCGUAUACUUAACAAGGACUUAAUACUAAGUAAUUAUUUUGUUCCUAAAAAUUCAGUAGUAGUGACCCAAAAUAUGAUAGCUUGCCGUUUGGAAAAGAACUUUGAAGAACCUUUACGAUUUCUGCCAGAGCGGUGGCUUAAACGCAAUGUUCACAACCCAUAUUUAGUAUUGCCGUUUGGACACGGAAUGCGCUCCUGUAUUGCGCGACGCUUGGCAGAACAAAAUAUAUUGGUUCUACUUUUGCGUAUGAUCAGAAGUUUCGAAAUAAAAUGGUCUGGCGAUACUGAUGACUUAGAUGUGCACACACUUUUAAUCAACAAGCCAUCAAAACCCAUUAUAAUAAAAAUGUUAGAGAGGAAAUAAACUGAAAUAUUUGCAAUACAAAUUUUAUUAUAAA